AUGAUUAGAGCACCACAGGUCUUGGACUUGGACGAAGAGCCAGUGGACAUGUUGCUGCUGAAUUUGUCCAUGGAGACGCGCAAGGAGAAGAAGGCGUCGGAAGUAGGAUGCAGCAAGGUUAAGACGGUCUACAAGGAGCUGGACGAUGAAGAUAUAGCGGAUGAGAAGACAUGGGAUGAGUCUGCCGUAGCCGCCUCCGGGUUGCUAGAUGAUGAAGACGCCAAGUGCCCAACCAAGCGACAAAGGUCUGGAACCAAGAUGUGGAAACCGCGGACACCUCAGCAAGAGGACGAGGCCAAGAAAAGGUCAGAAAAGAAGAAAAAGGUCAAUACCAUAAAAGAAGCUAAAGCUAAAAAGAAGCUCAAUAUACACAACGCCCGACUAGCCAAGAAAACGGGUAGAGUAGUUGGUAAUUAUUCACCAACUGGCAAGAAAGUGGGUGACAAGUUUCAAUCCAAAUUUCUCGAUAAAAGAUCCCGCACACGAUCUUGA